AUGGCGGCCGACAUUGGUCACAUUGCUCAGCUGCUCAACGCGACCCUCGACCCCGCGCAGCACCGCAAAGCCGAGUCCGCCCUCAAGCAAGAAGCAGUCAAGCCUCACUACUCCCUCAGCCUGCUCAACAUCGUCAACUCCGAAUCCCUACCCCUCAACACCCGCCUCGCCGCCGCGCUCGCCUUCAAAAACUUCAUCCGAUUCAACUACGUGGACGAAGAAGGCAACUACAAGCUGCCGCAAGAUGAGGUCGGCACCAUCAAGGAGCGCCUCAUCGGCCUCAUGAUCUCGUCGCCGCCUACCGUCCAGAGCCAGCUCGGCGAGGCUAUCAGCAUCAUUGCCGACUCGGACUUUUGGCGGAGGUGGGACACACUCACACAGGAACUCGUCAGCCGCUUCUCCAACACCGAUCCCAAAAUCAACAUUGGCGUGCUCGAGGUGGCGCAUUCCAUCUUCGCUCGAUGGCGGCCGCUCCUCCGAACCGACGAACUGUACACCGAGAUCAAUCACGUCAUCAACACGUUUGGCGAGCCCUUUGUCCAGCUCCUUGUGACGACAAACGACAUAAUCGACCGAAACUCAAACAACAAGGAUGUGCUGCAGGGCUGGUUCGAGGUUCUCGAUCUCCAGAUCAAGAUCAUGUACGACAUGUCGUGCCACGACAUCCCGCCCAUCUUCGACGAGAAUCUUAAGAGCAUCGCCACGCUCCUGCACAAGUAUCUCGACUACACGAACCCUGUCCUGCAAACAGACGACGAUAUCGAGACGAGCAUAGCCGACACCGUCAAGGCCGAUAUUUGCGAACUGCUCGAGCUGUUUACGACCAAGUAUGACGAGGACUGGGGCAAGUACUGCGAGCCGUUCAUCACGAGCGCCUGGAACUUGCUGUCCACGAUUGGCCAGGAGACCAAGUACGACACGGUUGUCAGCAAGGCUCUCCACUUCCUCACUGCCGUUGCCUCGAACCCGAAGCACUCUGGCAUGUUCAACGACCAGAACGUUCUUACACAGAUCGUGGAGAAGGUCAUCCUGCCCAAUGUCGCCCUUAGAGAGUCCGACUUGGAGAUGUUUGAGGAUGAGCCGAUCGAAUUCAUCCGUCGUGACCUGGAAGGCUCAGACACAGACUCGCGGAGAAGAUCAGCCACCGACUUCCUCCGCAAGCUCCAAGAAAACUUUGAGUCGCUGGUGACCACCACUGUCACAAGAUACAUCACCCACUACUUGACGCUGGGCAAGUCGGACUGGAAGGCCAAGGACACAGCAGUAUAUCUGUAUCUGUCCAUCGCGGCAAAGGGCGCCGUAACGGCCGCGCAGGGUGUCAAGACUGUCAACCCGCUCGUCAAUGUUGUCGAGUUCUUUGAGCAGAACAUCGCUGCCGACCUGAUGGGUGGCGAGAGUAUCUCGCCCAUCGCCAGGGUCGAUGCGAUCAAGUACCUCUACACAUUCCGAAGCCAGCUCUCCAAGGAGCAGUGGAAGCUCGCGCUUGGACCGCUGGUCCAGAACCUCAAUUCGUCCAACUACGUCGUGUACACGUACGCUGCGAUUGCAGUGGAACGGGUGCUCUUCUUGGCCGACGAUGCCGGCAACCAGAUGUUCCCCCGAGUCGAUAUUGAGCCCUUCGCCAAGGACCUCCUCACGCAUCUCUUCAAGCUGAUCGAGAAGGAGACGAGUCCGGCUAAGCUGCAGGAGAACGAGUUCUUGAUGCGAUGCGUGAUGCGUAUCCUCAUCGUCAUCAAGGACGGCGCCACGCACGUACUGGAGAAUGUCUUGACCCACCUCAUCCUCAUUACCAAUGUGAUGAAGCAGAACCCGAGCAACCCGAGAUUUUACUACUACCAUUUUGAAGCGAUGGGUGCUCUCGUGCGGUACUGCUCGGGCACCAGCGCCGCCUUGUUCAACCAAAAACUGUGGGAGCCGUUCAACAAGAUUCUAGCGGAAGAUGUGUCUGAGUUCCUGCCCUACAUUUUCCAAAUUUUGGCUCAGUUCCUCGAAUCCUGCCCGUCGCAGGAUGUGUCCGACGAGUACAAGAUGCUCAUCGGCCCUCUUCUUGCGGCGCCGCUGUGGGAGGUCCGCGGCAACGUCCCGGCCUGCACCCGCCUGUUGUCGGCAGUCAUCCCCAAGGCCGCCAAGGUUAUCGUUGCAGAGAAUCAGCUGGAGCCCGUGCUGGGAAUUUUCCAGAAGCUGCUGAGCAGCAAAAAAUCCGAGCUCAUGGCGUUUGAUGUCCUGGAUGCGAUCAUCCACUCUUUCGAGCCGGCAACAAUUGACCAGUACUUUGGAACCAUUGUGCAGCUGCUCUACACCAAGCUGCAGGGAUCACCUUCGGAGACGUUCAAGAUCCGCUUCGCGCGGUUCUACCACCUUGUCGGCGCCAAGCUUGAGGCAGGAUAUGGGGCGGAUUACUUCAUCAAGAAGUCGGACCAGCUCGACGAGAGAGCCUUUUCGCAAGUCUACCCGCCCUUCGUCUUGGCGGAGACGGAGAAGCUUGCCAAGCCCGUGGAUCGCAAGACAGCUGUCGUGUCCUUGACAAAGACGCUGUGCGACUCGCAAGUGUUUGCUCAGAAGUUCAUGAAGGGCUGGGCCAACAGCUGCCGCAUCCUGCUCUCCCUGCUGGCGAACCCGCCGGCUGUCUCGGGCGGCCUCGGCGACGAGGUCAUCACCGAAGCGUCGGUCGACGACAUUGGCUUUGGCAUGACCUUCACCGCGUUGAACACGUGCCGACCCGUGGCGCAGGACGACUUCCCAGAGGUUGUCGAUGUCACCAAGUGGGUUAAGAACUACAUGGUGGCGGCCAACGCACGGCACAGCGGAGCCAUUGAGAGUUUCAUCGGCCAGCGGUUGCCGGCCGAUCAGCAGGCGGCCAUUGCGCAGUUCAUUCGCUGA